CGAUAAGACACGUAUAUAAAUUUGGCGAGUUCGAGAUGAGUUUCCGGCGCAAUGGAAACUUGAGCUCCACGUUGCUUCUCAUAGCAGCCAAUGUGCUGAUCCCAGUCGCCAUUGUCAUAUUCGCAACGGGCUUCUUCCCAUAUAAGCCUCUUCUACCGGGUCUGGCUCAGUAUGAGCCAUUGGAUGGCUAUGGCGAGCCCCCGGAAGCUCCGUUUGACAAGCUGGUCUUCAUGGUCGUCGACGCCCUGCGAAGUGAUUUUGUAUACACUACCAACAGUGGCUUCAAGUUCACUCAAUCCUUGAUUCGCCAUGGUGCUGCAAUUCCCUUCACAGCCCAUGCCACGUCUCCCACAGUCACCAUGCCUAGACUGAAGGCCAUCACUACUGGUUCUGUGCCUUCAUUCCUCGAUGUCGUUCUCAACAUUGACGAAGGCGAUGAGUCUUCAAGCCUCGCGUCGCAAGACACCUGGUUGGCCCAGAUGAAGGCAAAGGACACAGGAAAACUUGUAAUGUACGGGGAUGAUACUUGGUUGAAGCUCUUUCCGGGUACAUUUGAUCGUGCUGAUGGUACCACGAGCUUCUUUGUCGCGGACUUCACCGAGGUUGAUCACAAUGUCACUCGAAACAUUCCUGGAGAGCUCCGAAACGACGAUUGGAAUACCAUGAUUCUUCACUAUCUUGGACUUGAUCACAUUGGACAUAAGGGAGGACCGAGAAGCCCUCAUAUGGUCCCGAAGCAACGGGAAAUGGAUGGUAUUGUCAGCCAGAUAUACAAGGCCAUAGAAACCCAAGACCACCUCAAGUCAACCCUUUUUGUUCUCUGUGGAGAUCAUGGAAUGAAUGAUGCCGGCAAUCACGGCGCCUCGUCGCCUGGCGAAACUUCACCGGCCCUUCUGUUCAUCUCCCCCAAGCUCAAGGGCCUUCAGAAAAACCAAGACUCUCCGUUACCAGAUGCCGAAGACUUUCAAUUCUACUCGACCGUUGAACAGUCUGAUCUGGCACCCACUCUGGCUGCUCUUCUAGGAUUUCCUAUUCCCAAGAACAACCUGGGUGUCCUGAUCGCCGACUUUUUGUCAAUCUGGCCGAAGAAAGCCGACCAGGCCUAUCUGCUGCAUGAAAAUGCGCGCCAGAUACAAACCGUCAUCUCGGCUGCAUCGGGUACCAAAACUUUCGACGGUGCUUUACCCGCAGAAUCCUGUGCCAGCCCGACGUCCGACUAUGAACAAUUGGCCUGUGAAUGGCAAGGUCCCUCAAACAAUCUCAUGUCUGCGAGAGUUGGUGACGAUAUGGACUCCCAGUGGGCAUUGCCUGUUGUCACGUGGCUUCGCAAGGCUCAAGAGCUCAUGAGCGGCAUGGCGAGCAACUACGACAUGUCCCGACUCAUUCUAGGCCAAAUCACCGCCCUCCUCGCCGUAAUCUUUAGCCUCAGCGCCGCAAUCAAAACCGUUUCCCCGACCCGUUCUCUCACCCCCUUACUGGUGAUUUCCAUAGCCUACAGCAUUAUGAUGUUUGCCAGCAGCUAUGUCGAAGAAGAGCAGCACUUUUGGUACCUAGCAACGAGCACCUGGUUUGGCUACCUCACUCUCCGCGGAUUCAAGCGCGCCAACACCACCUUUCCCGCCCACCUCCUCCUCACCGCCUUCCCCGUGCUCGCCUCCCUCCGCCUCCUUCGCGCCUGGAACCAAACCGGCCAAAAACACGCUGGCACGCCGGACAUCGUCAAACUCUUUAUCGAACCCCACCCCCACUUUCUGUGGUUGCUCGUCGGCCUCACCUACUUCUGGACCCACCGGCAGCUCGUCUACUCCUUUCACGGCCGCAUCCCGGUACCCAUCAACUACCCUGUCAUGACGGGGCUAGUUUUGGCCGCGUUCACUUUCAAGGCAGCCUUCACGCUCGAGGACGCUCCCGAGUUGGUGGUGGAAUUCGUGAAGAGUAGUUUGCUUGAUUUCACGAGGGGCGCGAGCUUGAUUGCCCGCGCCCGUGCGGUCUUUGUCGGUCUAGGACUGGUGGCAAUGGCGGCAAUGGGGUUUAUCCUUUGGGAGAUGAGGGGGGCCGGGGGGAACCGUAAACGGUCACGCCGCAAAAAGGGGCCGGCCGAGGCAAUCACAACUCUUCAACACCUUUACACCAUCCUCGCCCUCACACAAAGCCGGACGGCCAAUAUCCCCGUCUUUCUCAUCUUCAACCUGCUUUACUGGUUUCUGUCCAGCGAGAUCGAUGCCCCGGACGGCACAGGGCUGUCGACUGUUGAACUGGGAAUUUCUUCACUCCUACUGCAGUAUGCCUCCUUUUUCGCUAUGGGCGGUAGCAACGCGAUUUCCUCCGUGGACCUAUCUAACGCCUACAACGGGGUGAGCAAUUUCAACGUUGUCCUAGUUGGCAUCUUGACGUACGUGGGGAACUGGGCGGGACCGGUGUGGUGGGCUUUUGGGACGGUGGUGCUUUUGGGGGAGAUUUGGCGGAGAGAUCAGAGACAGAAAAGGUUGGGUAGCGGUAACAAUGGGAAAAGAGGGAGCGACGAAAAGGAGGAAGAAGCGGAAGCGAAACAGAUGCUUGAAGGGGGGCAAAUCAGUCCGUUCAAGACCUAUGUUGCCGUGACGACGCUGUUUACCGCGUUUAGUGUCGCGGCGGUUAUGGCGGCUUGUACGAUCCUCAGGACGCACUUGUUCGUGUGGACGGUAUUUUCCCCAAAGUACUUGUACUGCGUGGCUUGGAGCUUGGUGCAGCAUUUGGUAAUUAAUGUUGGGCUGAGUGGGUUGUUGUUCUGGCUUGGGUCAUUUUAGGUAAAAUAUGAGGUGGUACAAUCUUGUCCAAGAGGACGAGCCCAAGGAAGGGCCGGGUGGUUUGAUAGGAUGUGUGGAUCAUUGUGUGUUGGUUGCUUGUAGUAGAUAUAAAGGUUAGAUUAGAACGAGUAGAUAAAUUCUCGAAAUCGU